AUGUCCGGUCUAGUUGAUAUGCACGUCGGGAAACGGGUGAGCGGCUGCAACGUGCCGUCUGUCUCCUUGCAAUCAUCACUCCGAAGAAGUGCACGUCCUGUAGUGUCUGCUGCUAACAGACCAUUUGACCUCAUCGGGCAAUCCUCACAGUGGGCUCCAGGUCAUACUGCUCCUUGA